CAUAGGAACAGAUAGAUGUUUCAGUCAGCUGUUUGGACUCUCAUUCUGACGGCACCCAUUCACUGCAGAGGAUCCAUUGUGGCGAUGCCGUUCAUCAUAAUGACCAUCAGGUUCAAGCCGUACCUGCGUGGCGUUUACUGUGAUGACGAGACCAUCCGUUAUCCCUACAGACCAGACACCAUCUCUCACAAAAUGAUGGCGGCCGUUACCAUUUCCUGCUCAAUCAUUAUCAUCAUUUCUGGAGAGGCCUACCUGGUCUACACCAAACGUCUCCACUCCAAUUCGAACUUUAACCAGUACGCCGCGGCGCUCUAUAAAGUGGUGGGGACGUUUCUGUUCGGCGCGUGUGUGAGCCAGUCUCUGACCGAUAUGGCCAAGUACACCAUCGGACGCUUGCGGCCCAACUUCAUGGCGGUGUGUGCUCCAGAAGAUUGCAAGGGCUACGUUCUGGUGAUCAACUGCACGGGAAGCCUUCGCAAUGUGACCGAAUCCAGGCUGUCGUUCUACUCCGGUCACUCCUCCUUCGGGAUGUACUGCAUGUUGUUUCUGGCGCUGUAUGUCCAGGCACGUAUGGCAUCCAAGUGGGCCCGCCUCCUCAGGCCCACAAUUCAGUUCUUCCUGGUGGCCUUUGCCAUUUAUGUGGGAUACACGCGUGUGUCUGACUACAAGCACCACUGGAGCGAUGUGGUCGUGGGGCUCCUGCAAGGGGCGCUGGUCGCAGUCCUCACGGUGCGAUACAUCUCAGACUUCUUUAAAGAGCGCCCCCCUCUCUGCCAGGAUGUUGAAAACGCUGAAAACGAAGACAGCGAGCGCAAGCCCAGCCUUCAUAUCACAGACACGGACAGAAACCAUUACUCCCACAGAGGGCCAAUAUGAGCCUGACCUUUGACCUGUGAGAGCAGUCACACAGAAGCACUGGAUGCUGCAGCACGUCUCAUACAGACAGCCACACACACUGUACACUGGCUCCGACUGCGCUCUUUUCCACAGGAUAAUGCUCACAUUUCACACACAGAGAGACAGCGAGUGAAUUCAUCAACUAACACUUAAUAUUCGAUUUUAAACUUCUCUACAGAUCGUGCUUUAUACCAGAUUUUGUCUUAUGCAUGCUCAUAUACGCCAAGUGCACAGAUCACCUGACAUCUGAUGAACCGUGAGGGACUUUAUUGUAAUCCGAGCACAAAGACGAACUUCUCCAAGGGGAACUGGUCUGUUUCCAUGACAACCUCAAAACCACCGCUUGACAUUUACUGACUAGCUGUACUUCUGCUGUUGGAAGCGAUUCUUUAGGCAUGGGAAAGAAAGUGAACUUUUCUAAGUCAUCAAAAGACAAGAAUUAAUGUUUCUCUGAAAAAGAAAUCCAGAAAGGGAAGUCGAAGCAUGGAACAUUUGGCAAAACAGGUCUUUCUCACAUUGUCAGAAUUAAAGUGACUUCAUUAUAUAUAUAAGAAAUUGUAUUUUCCUGUGGCGGUAGGUUUAGGGACUGUUCUAAACUUAACAUAUUGGUAAACUAGUUAUUAUAUCCGCACACAUCUAGAAGAAAUUCUGUAUACCAUGAAUCAUUUUUAUAAAAUAUGACUUUUUUAUGUUUAAUUUACUUAAGUCUACCAUGAAAACUCUUAAUUUCUUCGUCGCAUAACUCGUUCUUAUAAAGAUGCAAUUUUCUGAAAACCACUAGCUAACCGAGGCACAUAUAUAUCGGUAUAUUUCAUGAAAAUGAGUCUUACUAACCGUCCAACAGUAAGGAUCAGUAAAUGUUAACUAUCCGAUUUAAUUGGUUAAACAGCUGUUUAUCAAUUAAUAUUAUCACACCUGUGUUUUAACCAAUUGAACGUCAUAGUGAUGGAUCGUUCUUGACUGAAUGAAUCUUUAAUAUGAUUCGGGAUCGACGAGUUGUCUGAGCGAGGGAUUCGUUUAUUUUGUGUGGACAGUGCAUGCGCAACAUCCAAUAGCUUGUUUAGAAUAGACGGCUUGCGUUUAGUGGCCCAUGGUAAAAGUCACUAAUGAGGCAUCUACAUAUCAAUGCCUUAACCAAUCACAUUAUAGACAGAAUUUCAGUCAGAGUUGUGCGACACUCAAUCGUCGUUUACGGAUGCCAUAGGAAUGAAUGAGAAAUGCUGAAAGCUGUGUCCCACCUGUCCCAAAUAGUCAGUGACUUCUCUUAUAAAAUUGAUUUUUUUUGGGGUGUAAACUCAAAAAAUAGUUAAAUCCAGAAGUAUUGUUUAGUGUAAAAUAUGUUGGAGAUUAGCUGAUAGGCUGUCGAUUCAUUAAAUGAUCAGCUGUUUCCUAUAAAAAUAAAAAAAGGCCUCUGGUCUCCUUUCCCAUGUACUGGCAAACCGGAAGCUUUAUCUUUAGCCGUUAUGCUUUUUUGGCUAAAGGUUGCAGGCUUGCUUUCUAGUGGCUUUGGUUCACCUCCUGAGUCUUCGGGUUCGAGUUGUUCGUUCAUCACGUGACAACCCCAUAGACUUGACUAGAGGCUACGCAAUCUGUACCGGAAAGAGAAAUGAUUAGUUCAUCUUCUGAGUCCUGGGGUCCGAGUCGUUCAAUCUUUUGUCAAUGUUUGCAAUCGAUGUGUUGGGGAAUUUGAAUAUUAACAUGUAUCAAUUUAAUUAUAUUCUGCUGAAUUGGACGAAAUUAACUAAAUGACUUGAAAAAGGAUUCGUUCAUUUUGCUGAACGAGAAUCAAAGAUCCGAGUCAGUAUAAUGAUCCGAUCCGAUUGUAAUGUAAAAAUCCCAGCCAAUAAUAAAGCUAUAUGCUGAUUCUGAACCAAUGAGGAUUCUUAAGGGGCGGAGCUACCCUUCAUGACAAGAAAACUGACAAUUGUAGAUUACAAUGAACUUGGAAAAUGUUGUACCUACAUUAUCGGGAUGAAUGUUUCCACAGUAUCAUGAUUGUUUAGUUUUAUUUACAGUGGAAAACGCCUCUCAAAAUCACCAGUGAAUUCAAGAAUCAGGUUAGUUUUAUUUUCUUCACGACGCGUCUUCGCGUAUGAGAAAAUUGUUUUAAGCGGACGGUGCGUUUUAAUCAUUGGUCCAUUAAAACCAUUAUACCUGUAUCUCUCCAAAGAAAAUUUUUCUGGGAUUUUGUCUCAAUUUACACUUAUUAUUUACUCUAAUUUACCUUGUUUUAUCUAAUUCUAAUUUAUGUUAAUUCGGAGCUCGAAGCGAAAUUCAGCAUUGAGUGCUGAAAAUCUAAUUGAUCACCAAGUCGUUAAGACUGAUUGUGCAGGUGACAUUGAAAUAUUAAUUUUAAUAAUAAUAUCUAUGCAAAUUGGAAUACAAUUACUGAGUGUCUGUACUUUUCCUAUGAAGAAAAAGUAGUGCUAUCUCUUCUUAAAAUCCUACAAACGCAUUCCUUAUACAAUUUGCACUAGCAUGAGCUGAAUUAUUUAUCUUAAAAUGAAUUAUUAUCUUUAGAUUUAACGUAGACUCUUAAGAACUGUCUUUUCUCAAUAUUUUUCUACCGCUAAAAAGGAAAACGUCAAAUAUUCCUCCUCUUUGAAAAUAAAUAAUGUAAUCUGGCACAUAUUUUAUUGUCCCCUCUCAUAUU